UCCCUGGCAGUGGAGGAGGCCAUGCUGCAGUGCCUGCUUCUGCUCCUGGGCUGCGUCCACUCCUUGCACUCCUUCCCAAAGUCCCUGGCAGUGGAGGAGGCCAUGCUGCAGUGCCUGCUUCUGCUCCUGGGCUGCGUCCACUCCUUGCACUCCUUCCCAAAGUGUGUGUUUACACAUAUUUUCCUUCUUUUUCUCCAGGAGCUGAGGGAAAUCCAUAACAAACAGCAGCUCCAGAAGCAGAAGAGCUUGGAAGCUGAGAGGUUGAAACAGAAAGAACAGGAAAGAAAGACAGUAGAGCUGGAAAAGCAGAAAGAAGCUCAGAGGCGAAUCCAGGAACGGGACAAGCAGCGGCUGGAGCGGGGACAGCCAGAGGAGGAGCCUCAGUGGCCAAAGAAAGUUCAGGAAGAGGAAAAGCAAAAAAGGGAGGACAUACCUAAGAAGAAGGAAAGUGAGGAGAAGGGGAAGCAGGAAAUGCAAGAGAAGCUGAGUAAACUCUUCCAGCCCCACCAGGAGCCAGCCAAGCCAGUCCAGGCUCCCUGGUCCAGUGCAGAAAAAGCUCCUCUGACCAUUUCCGCUCAGGAGGAUGUAAAAAUAGUGUAUUAUAGAGCUCUGUAUCCUUUUGAAUCCAGAAGCCACGACGAGAUCACCAUCCAGCCCGGAGACAUCGUCAUGGUGGAUGAAAGCCAGACUGGAGAGCCAGGGUGGCUCGGGGGAGAACUGAAGGGCAAGACUGGCUGGUUCCCUGCCAACUACGCCGAGAGGAUCCCCGACAGCGAAGUGCCCGGCGCGGCCCGGCCGGCGGGGGAGGCUGCGGCCCCCAAGGUGUCCGUGCAGGACAGCAGCACCCCCCUGGCAGCUCCUGCCCCCCCCGAGGCUCCUGCCACCGCCAACAACUGGGCAGACUUCAGCUCCACGUGGCCAAGCAACCCCAGUGAGAAGGCCGAGAGUGACAACUGGGACGCCUGGGCAGCCCAGCCCUCCCUGACGGUGCCCAGCGCGGGGCAGCUGCGCCAGCGCUCGGCGUUCACCCCCGCCACCGUCACCGGCUCCUCCCCGUCCCCUGUGCUGGGCCAGGGUGAAAAAGUGGAGGGGCUUCAAGCACAGGCUUUGUAUCCUUGGAGAGCCAAAAAGGACAACCACCUUAAUUUCAACAAGAACGAUGUCAUCACAGUCCUGGAGCAGCAGGACAUGUGGUGGUUUGGAGAGGUCCAGGGACAAAAGGGGUGGUUCCCCAAGUCCUAUGUGAAGCUCAUUUCAGGCCCCAUAAGGAAGUCAACGAGCAUGGAUUCUGGGUCCUCAGAAAGCCCUGCUAGUCUGAAAAGAGUAGCAUCCCCAGCAGCAAAGGCCACGAUGUCAGGGGAAGAGUACAUUGCCAUGUACACCUACGAGAGCUCGGAGCAAGGAGACCUCACUUUCCAACAAGGUGACAUGAUUCUGGUGACAAAGAAAGAUGGUGACUGGUGGACGGGCACGCUGGGUGAUAAAUCAGGAGUUUUCCCAUCUAAUUAUGUGAGACUCAAAGAUUCUGAGGCUCCAGGAGCAGCUGGGAAAACGGGAAGCCUAGGGAAGAAACCUGAAAUUGCCCAAGUUAUUGCCUCUUACACAGCCACGGGCCCAGAACAGCUCACUCUGGCUCCUGGGCAGCUCAUCCUCAUCAGGAAGAAGAAUCCAGGUGGUUGGUGGGAAGGAGAGCUCCAAGCCAGGGGGAAGAAGCGCCAGAUCGGGUGGUUUCCUGCCAACUACGUGAAGCUGCUGAGCCCGGGGACCAGCAAAAGCACCCCCACCGAGCUGCCCAGGGCAGCACCUGCAGGUGAGCCUGGCCUG